CAACAUGUCCUACAACUGCUGUUCUGGAAGCUUCCCCUCCUGCUCCUGUGGGGGCUACCUGCGCUACCCAGGCUCUUCCUGUGGCUCUUCCUACCCCAGCAACCUCGUCUACAGCACUGAUCUCUGUUCUCCCAGCACCUGCCAGCUGGGUUCCUCUCUCUAUAGGGGCUGUCAGGAGACCUGCUGGAGGCCCAACAGCUGUCAGACAUCCUGUGUAGAGUUCAGCCCCUGCCAGACCUCCUGCUACUACCCCACGACCCACAUGCUCUGCAAUUCUUGCCCGACUAUGCACGUUGGAUCUCGGAGUUUUGGAUCCAAUAGCUGCUGCUCCCUGAGCUGUGGAUCCAGGAGCUGCUCCUCACUGGGUUGUGGAUCCAAUGGCUUCAGAUAUCUGAAUUAUAGAAUCCAUGUCUUCCCUUCCCAGAGUUAUAGAUCCAGAUUCUGCCACCCAUUUAGGAGGUGGUUCCAUUCAUCUUGUUAUCAGCCAUUCUGUAGAUCUGGUUUCUACUGACUAAUGUG